AAAUAGACGCGAAUUUUCCUGGAAAGCGCACGAAAAGAAAUCGGCAAUUGAUAUGCUAAAUCAAUGUGUGCAGAACCAGGUAUUGCAUUUAUUAAGGUGGUGAGCAAAGUACAUUAGAUAAUUAGAAGUUGAACAAGUCGGUGAAAAUAGCAAAGCGAUGACUCUGGAUGUUGAGGGAAAAUGUGCAGCACCAGGAGCCAGUGGUAGUAACUGGAGUUCGUUGUAUUUCAUUCUAGGCGCUGUUUUGAUGCCGGUGGCGCUGCCUUUUGUCGUCUUCGAAUGCUAUUACCGCCUGAGAGUGAAAAAGUAUCGCAAUGAACUGGCAGGAAAGGUUGUCUUAAUAACAGGCGCAAGCUCUGGCUUGGGCGAAGCUUUGGCUCACACAUUCUACAAAUCUGGAUGCAAAGUAAUAUUGGCUGCACGACGCGUGGAAGAAUUGGAGCGCGUAAAACGGGACUUGUUAGCGUUAGAUGCGAGCGCAGUGACAUAUCCACCGGUCGUCUUGCCAUUGGAUUUAGCCGAGUUAAAAGAAAUACCAGACUUUGGACGAAACGCGCUUAGCGUAUAUAAUAAAAUCGACAUACUUAUCAACAAUGGUGGUAUUAGUGUGCGUGCAACCGCCAUUUCUUCUGCUGUGGAUGUUGAUUUGAAAGUGAUGGUAGUUAAUUACUUCGGCUCAGUGGCUCUUACUAAAGCAAUAUUGCCUUCGAUGUUGAAACAAAAGAAUGGACAUAUUUGUUUCAUAAGUUCCGUGCAAGGAAAAUUUGCUUUGCCCUAUCGCUCGGCGUAUUCAGCUUCGAAACAUGCCUUACAAGCAUUUACCGACUCGUUGCGUUCCGAGAUAGCUGACAAAGGUGUACAGGUGACAUGCAUUAGCCCGGGAUAUAUUCGCACUCAACUGUCGGUGAAUGCGCUUACAGGCAGUGGAAAAACUUAUGGAAAAAUGGAUAAAACUACCGCUUCAGGUAUGCUGCCGGAAAAAGUAGCCGAUCGCAUUUUAAAUGCUAUUGUUGCUCAAGAAAAGGAUGUAAUGAUCUCAGAUAUGCAAGCAAAACUUGCAUAUUAUGUGCGCUAUUUAUGCCCACCAUUGUACUUUUGGAUAAUUAAUAACCGCGCAAGGAAAUUGGAAAGAGCAGAAGCUGCUGAACACAAGAAAGAGUAAUGAAUUUGAGCAGAAAGGAAACCUACAUACGAGUAUAUUAACGCACCCGCAGUUAAAGCUCUUAAUAUUAGCCUACUUUUGCCUACCACAAAAUAUAUGUAUUUAUUU